GCCGAGGGCCCCUGACUCGGCUUGGUGAAGCAACAUGGACCGGAUGGCCAGCUCCAUGAAGCAGGUUCCCAACCCGCUGCCCAAGGUGUUGAGCCGGCGUGGGGUCGGCUCCGGGCUGGAGGCGACGGAGCGCGAGAGCUUCGAGCGGACUCAGACUAUCAGCAUCAAUAAGGCCAUUAAUGCCCAGGAAGUGGCCGUCAAGGAGAAACACGCCAGAACCUGCAUCUUGGGCACCCACCAUGAGAAAGGUGCGCACACCUUCUGGUCUGUGGUCAACCGGUUGCCCCUGUCAAGCAACGCCAUGCUCUGCUGGAAGUUCUGCCAUGUGUUCCACAAGCUCCUCCGAGACGGACACCCAAAUGUCUUGAAGGACUCUCUGAGAUACAAGAAUGAGUUGAGUGACAUGAGCAGGAUGUGGGGCCACCUGAGUGAGGGCUAUGGGCAGCUGUGCAGCAUCUAUCUGAAGCUACUGAAGACCAAGAUGGAGUUCCACACCAAGAAUCCCCGGUUCCCAGGCAACCUGCAGAUGAAUGACCGCCAGCUGGAUGAGGCCGGCGAGAGCGACGUGAACAAUUUUUUCCAGCUCACGGUGGAGAUGUUCGACUACCUGGAAUGUGAACUUAGCCUCUUCCAGACUGUGUUCAGCUCCCUGGACAUGUCACGCUCCGUAUCGGUGACGGCGGCGGGCCAGUGCCGCCUGGCCCCCCUCAUCCAGGUCAUCCUGGACUGCAGCCACCUGUAUGACUACACCGUCAAGCUCCUCUUCAAGCUCCACUCAUGUCUCCCCGCUGACACCCUGCAGGGCCACCGAGACCGCUUCAUGGAGCAGUUCACAAAGUUGAGAGACCUGUUCCACCGUUCCAGCAACCUGCAGUACUUCAAACGGCUCAUCCAGAUACCGCAGCUGCCCGAGAACCCCCCAAACUUCCUGCGAGCCUCGGCCCUGUCGGAGCAUAUCAGUCCGGUGGUGGUGAUCCCUGCAGAGGCCUCAUCCCCUGACAGUGAGCCAGCGCUGGACAAAGGGCACCUGGUAGACGUGGAUGCUGCCCGGCAGACCUUGUUUGACGACAAGUUUGAUGGCAUCUUUGGCAGCUCGCUGAGCAGUGAUCCCUUCAACUUUGACAGUCAGAACGGCGUGAGCAAGGAUGGGAAGGACCACCUGAUCGAGCAGCUGUACGGGGAGAUCCGCGGGCUCACAGCACAGCUGGAGAAGGUUAAGGCAGAGAGCCAGCGGGCCAUGCUGCAGCUGAAGGGCCGCGUGAGCGAGCUGGAGGCUGAGCUGGCAGAGCAGAAGCACCUGGGGCGGCAGGCGACGGAUGACUGCGAGUUCCUGCGCACAGAGCUGGACGAGCUCAAGAAGCAACGGGAAGACACGGAGAAGGCACAGCGGAGCCUGACGGAGAUCGAGAGGAAGGCACAGGCCAACGAACAGCGCUACAGCAAACUGAAGGAGAAGUACAGUGAGCUGGUGCAGAACCAUGCCGACCUGCUGCGCAAGAACGCCGAGGUGACCAAGCAGGUGUCGGUGGCCAGGCAAGCACAGGCAGAGCUGGAGCGAGAGAAGAGCGAGCUGCAGGGUGCGCUCCAGCACGUGAGUGAGCAGGCCCAGCGCAAGACUCAGGAACAGCAGGAAGUUCUAGAAAGCUUAAAGCAAGAACUUGUCAGCAGCAGGCAGGAGGUGCAGGUCCUCCACGGCAGCCUGGAAACAUCUGCCCAGUCAGAGGCGAAGUGGGUGACGCAGAUCACGGCAUUGGAAGAGGAGCGUGGCAGUUUGGCGAGCACUGCCGCCCAACGGGAGGAGGAAAUGGCAGCCCUACGGAAACGGCUGGAAGACACCCAGGCCAAGCUGGUUGUUUCCCAGGAAUCUCUGUGCCAGUUGGAGAAAGACCAGCGCAGGGUGCUCCUGGAAGGUUCCAGGAAGGCUGCAGAGCGGGUGGUCCAGGAGGCCCUGGACAGGCUGGAGGAGCCCACCCUCAUCAGCUGCGUGGGGUCAGCAGAUCACCUUCUCUCCAAGAUCAAGUGUGUUUCCAGCUGUCUUGACCAACUGGAAAAGGACCAGACCCAGUACCUGGCCAACCCAGAAGGCCUCAGCCGGCUCCUGCACUCCAUCACCCUCCUCGCCCACCUCACCAGUGACACCAUUGCACACGGGAGUGCCACCAGCCUCCGCGCGCCCCCGGAGCCGGCCGACUCUCUGAGCGAGGCCUGUACGCAGUGUGGCAGGGAGACUCUGGCCUUCCUCACCUCCCUGAAGGACGAGGGAUCCCUGGAGAAGGCCGACAGCACAGCUGUGAGGAGCAGUCUCAGCAGGAUCCAGGCCAUUGGCGAGGAGCUGCUGCCCAGGGGCCUGGACAUCAGACAGGAGGAGCUGGGGGACCUGGUGGACAAGGAGAUGGCCGCCACUUCCGCUGCCAUUGAAGCCGCCACGACCCGCAUUGAGGAAAUGCUCAGCAAAUCCCGAGCGGGAGACACGGGCGUCAAACUGGAGGUGAAUGAAAGGAUCCUUGGGUCCUGUACCUGCCUGAUGCAAGCCAUCCAGGCUCUGGUGGCAGCCUCCAAGGACCUCCAGAGGGAGAUUGUGGACAGUGGCCGGGGUACUGCCUCCCCUAAGGAAUUUUAUGCCAAGAAUUCUCGGUGGACAGAAGGACUCAUCUCAGCCUCCAAAGCUGUGGGCUGGGGAGCCACUGUCAUGGUGGACGCUGCUGACCUGGUGGUACAGGGCAAAGGGAAGUUUGAAGAGCUGAUGGUGUGUUCCCAUGAGAUCGCUGCUAGCACAGCCCAGCUCGUGGCUGCAUCCAAGGUGAAAGCAGACAAGGACAGCCCCAACCUGGCCCAGCUGCAGCAGGCAUCAAGGGGCGUGAAUCAGGCCACGGCAGGAGUGGUGGCCUCCACCAUUUCUGGCAAAUCACAGAUUGAGGAAUCAGACAGCAUGGACUUCUCCAGCAUGACGCUGACACAGAUCAAGCGCCAGGAGAUGGAUUCCCAGGUUAGGGUGCUAGAGCUGGAAAAUGAACUACAAAAGGAGCGGCAGAAAUUAGGAGAGCUGAGGAAAAAGCACUACGAGCUCGCUGGCGUGGCAGAAGGCUGGGAAGAAGGAACAGAGGUGCCCACAUCUACGCUGCAAGAGGCGGUCCCCGAGAAAGAAUAGAGCCAAGCCAGUGCCCACACGCCAGUAUAAAUCCUCAACACCCACCUGUGUGUGUGCCACUCCUGCCACAGACCAGCCUCUCCACUGAGGACCUGUGUGGCCCUUUGAAGGCUCCGCCCUCGGUGCUGCCCCUACAUGCACACACAAUCUGGGAUAUUUCUCUGCAUCCCUGGGGUCCAGCCUGCCCAGCACCCGCUGACCUAGAGGGAGCAGCUCAUGCCUCUUUCUUCUUCCUUCAGUCUCUUCUGGGAUCAUCGUUGGCACAAUGUUGAGCCUCUGAGAGCCAGAGGUGGACACAUAGGCGCCAUUAGAGAAUGUUGUCUGUCCAUGCAGUGGAAUGCAAGGUCCUGGCGGAGCCCUCGCUCUCCUUCAGAUCUGCACCGCUUCCUCCAGGGUUCCUUCACGCUCUUGGUUUUCUAUUUUCCACAUUUCACUCACACAGCCAACUCUCCCAUAGGCCUGUCCCAGGACUCUGAGCCCUUGGGGGCCCCACCAUGGUGCCACUCAAGCUUUGCCUUGGUGCUCCUGCUCUGCCUGCUCGCCGGGUGUCCCCAAGUACACUGAGGCCACCCCAGGGUGGGUGACAGCCUCCUCUAUGUCCCAAGCAGAGCGAGUGCCUUCUCUUCCUCGUGCUGGACGCCGGCCCAACACCUCUACACCCUUAAAAGCCACAGGGCACCUGAGCACCACCCCCAGGGGACACCUGCAACCCCCUUCAUUGUGUGCUUCAAUGGAGCUGGUGGCAAGUGGCCAUGGAGGCCUUUCCAGUCCCUCCCACCACCUGUCUGCCAUGGUGACAUCGUGAAUCUGCAGAAGACGGUUCCAUGUGCUCUUACCCCCUCCCUCCUGUCCGGAAGAGCUCCGGGCCGUAGGGGAUCCUUCUAUUAACCAGUCCUGAGAGCAGGGUACCCAGUGUGCACUGUGUCUCUGCCAUCUUCACAGCUCACAAAGGAUGCCCUCCCUGGCCACUGCUGUGCUUGGGUCCCAAAACAGACAAGGUCCUCAGUGUGUGGGGGGCUAACGUUUGGGGAUCCCCAGCCCAGGACCUCCAUCCCCUGUCCCAGCUCUUGCUACGCUGCAGACAGGAUGAGGACAAAGGGCACAGCCUCUAAAGACGGCACUUUCCCGCUUCCAAGUAACCCUGUGUUAAGUGACCUUCCAAUCCUGGCAACACACCGUCUUCCUUACCAGUAGGAGCCCAUAAGCAGUUCCUAGACCUCGUCCCUGCAGGACGUAGUCAUGAGACUGGAUUGCUAUGUGAUGGGUUGUGAGACUCUGCUUGAUCACUGUGAAUUACCCCUUCUGCCCUGCCCACCCCCACUCUGCACUCCACUGUCCAGGAACUUGGACAGUCACUCGACAUGAGACCUCCAUGCCAGGCUAAUGAAGUGUUGCUAUAGACAUGGGCCAACUGCUGUGGAGGCGUCCCUGCUCACUCAUGCCAGUGGGGCCCCAAAGGGGCUACCCCAGCCACCCCUGCUCCUUGUCUCAUGAAUCUGCUAAUCAAUUACAUCAGGACAGACUGGAUCCUCAAACUCACUAAUAAAAGGAUCACAGCAGGGCUGGAGACAUGGCUUAAGAGGUAGAGCCUGCCUAGCAAACAGAAACCCAUGAGUUCAAACAAUAAACCCUCAUGAUGAGUUCAAACAAUAAACCCUCAUGAGCUCAUCCUGAGUGAUAGAAGAGUGGAA